UUUUGUUAAAAAUUUAUACGGUAGGAUAAGAAAGAGCAACAUUGAAACUUGACCAGAAACGGAGACGGUUACAAUUUGACGUGUAUGACCAAAUUCCGUUGCUCCGAAACCCCAAUUUCAUAGAUAGAAGAAGAACACAAAUUUAUAUCGACUCUCUUGGGGUUAUUCGGUAGAGAACAACUUAGUUUCGGCUCAAGAGGUUUCGUAGGUGACAUUUCGCCUUGUUUCUGUAUUAAUAAUGGCGAUACAAGAAAUGUUGCAAUUUGAUCGGAAAAAAUGGAGCCGCCGGUGGUGGUGGUGGUGGCAAUGGCAGUGGCAGUGGUGGAAGAACAUGAACUGAUGGGCUUACAUGCUUAUGCUCGAUGGCACCAGGGGAAUCUCAGUCACCAGGUUACCUUUCAUUUUAUCUGGAGGUUAUGGAAAGACCGGAUAAACUGUCUGAUUGGAGUUAUUAUAUAUCUUUUCGGUUAUCUGUGAUGAACCAGAACUUGGAUAAAUCUGUUAGUAUGGAUUGGGAUAAAUCCUCUGACGGGAUAAAUCGUUUCUUCAAUGCUACAAAAGAAUUGGGCUGGUGUCGGUUCAUGCCUCUGAAUAGUCUCUUUGAUCAGGAUUCUGGGUUUCUUGUUGCGGACACCGUUAACUUUUUUGCAGAGGUUCUAAUUUUGGAGGAGACAUUUUUGGAGAAGGUUUGUGAGGCCUUUUUAGUCGAUGAAGGCAAGCUUUUCUAUUGGAGAAUGAGUAACUUCUUACAUUUCAAGAACAUUUUAGAAACCAAAACAACAAUAGUUAGCCAAACUUUCCAAAUUGGCAAAUGCAAGUGUCGGAUUGGGGUCUGCCAGCGUUUAGACUUGAUUUUUGCAAUUUUGGAGUGUUCUCCGUCUGUUGUGAAUGAUCCUGAUACGGUGUUUGAGGUUAGGUUCAGGAUGGGUUUGCUGAAUUAUAAAUGCAUUUCCACGAGCUGGCAUGAUGAAGAAACUGUAUGUACAAAGUCAAAGUAUUGUGUUAGCAUGUCCAUGAAAGUAUCAGACAUUCUGGACCCAGAUAAUGGAUUUCUUUAUCAUGAAUCGGUUAUCUUCUUGUGUCAGAUUCUUCAUCAUGGCCCAUCAACCGAGUCUUCAAAACCAGGGGUAUUGGGGCUUUCAAAUUACCUUGACAAAUGUACUCCUCCUGAAUACUUUGAAAUAACUAGUGAAAAUGUAGACAACAGAUUGGAAAGCUUUCUUAGGAGACACGGCCUUAGGAUUGAUAGCCUUCCACAGCCCAAUGUCACAAAAUCUUUUUUGAUCGAGGCUAGUUGGAUGUGGAGUACUAUGUUGAAGCUUCACAAUUACCUUGAACCUGUUAAGGCAAAAUAUUUGCUAAGUGCGAUGGAUAACUUCGCUAGAAAUAUUGAUAUAGAAGCUGAAUUGUCGUCCUCACAAAUCAAAGUGUGGAAUCAGGCUAAGGCCUCCCAACAGGUAAUCAUUGAUUUACUUCUAGAUAUAAUAGUUGAAUAUUGCCGGCACUUGGAAACCAGAUCUAGUGUAUCUAGUGUAGAUUAUUAUGAUACAAGUUCCGAACCUCCUUCGCAUAGAAGUGGAGUUUUCAGUCGAGCAGAAUUUCUUAGGCAAAAUGGACCAGAAGAUUCUGCUCAAUACCCCAAAUAUAAGACCUUAGAGGAGAAGAGAACUGAUGUAUCCGAAAAAGCUAUCCUUGAAAGUCCUCCUUCCGAAACAUCAGCAAUAGACCUUUUGACGAUCAAUUCUAUUCAAGAUCUAAAGAUUAAAUGGCCUGAGCCAUCUGAGGAGCUCUUAUCUAUGAUAAUUAAUUCUCUGAAGUGUCUUUGUGAUACUGUUCCACAAGGUUGCUCAAAACCAAAACGAUGGCCUGUAUCUGUAAAAAAGAUUUCUCAUGUACUGGACAAAGCUCCAAAACAACUGCAGCUAGACCUAAUUACUUUGGUGCCCAAGCUAGUUGAUCAUUCACGUGCUGCUUAUGCACUGAUACAUCAACUUUCGAGACCAGAUGCAGACCCUGAACUCCAAAUACCAGUCUUUUCUGUCAUUAGUCAAUUGGACCUCAGCAGUGAGGUGCAGGAACAUGUGUUUUUCCUUACUUCCAAACUGGUGGUAAAGUCAAAUGAUGGAGCACUUGCAACUACCAUUGGCUUUUUAUUCGAGGCUGCUUCUCAUUGUCAGCAUAUUUCUAAAGCUGUCAGGGUUGUUCGUGUAAGGCUGUGUAGGUUGGGGAUUGAGGUAUCACCUUGUGUGUUGAAUUUCCUAAGCGAAAUUGUAACUAAUUGCUGUGAAAUUGCCAAAGCUUUCUUGAGAGAUGUUGAUUCCAGUUUUGAACUUGAUGACAAAGAUUUAACUACCUCUGGUGGAACCUUCUUAUAUGACGAAGAUGAACAUAGGGCUACAGGGUUGAAUAUGAUGGAUGAUCAGAUUCUUCGUGAAAAUCGUCAUUUUUCUGAUAUCUUCACUUUAAUUCAGCUGUUAUCUGUACCUUCCCUCAAACGUGAAGCUUUCCAAGUUUUUGAGAGAGCUGUUUCUCAAGGAUCCAUUGUGGUUCACUCAGUGUCCACGGUCUUGGAAAGAUGUCUUGCUUUAAGACUAAAUAUUGGUCCAAUUGUUUUGGCUGGAGAAAACCAGCAAAGAGAUGUAGCAGCCGAUGAAAAAAUUGAGCCGUCUCUGAUUGAAGCUUAUGCUUUUGUCUUGCUUAUGGAUCUUGUUGAAAGUUUCUCUCUCUCUCUCGACUCCAGAGUGUAUCAGUUUGCACAGAUGUUUUAUGCUACAUUGUUUAGAUUGUUUGCUGAUGAGAGUUAUCAUAAGAUGAUGCUUAAAGGACUAGUUGAUCAUGCGAUAAGCCAUACUGAAAAUGUACAUCAAGCAGAUAGAAAUUUCAGUACUUUGCUAUUCUUGGUUAAUGAGGAACUGGGACUUGCUGGACCAAUUUUUAAGAUGAUGAGGGAGGUCUCUGAGGUUGCCAAUGUUAAGCUUGCAACUCUUAGAGAUCAGCUACAUGUUAGUGAGGACCAAAAUUUGCGUACACAGGAAGAAAAAAGAGCUGAACAUGCCAAUAUGGUUAGAGAAAAGGCUAGUUUGUUGGAAAAGCUAAGUAAAUCUGAGGCCACUACUAACCAUUUUAAGUCUAAAUUGAAGCUUGAGAUAGACCGUUCUGCUAAGGAAAAGAAGAAUCUCAAGCAUCAGCUUGAAUUGUGUCGAUCACAGAAGAAUGAUGAAAUUACAAAGCUAUCUGCAGAGAAAAAUGUUUAUGAGGACAGUCUUCAUAAUUGGGAGACACAAUUCUCUCUACUAAAGUCGAGGAAUAGUGAUGAUUUGAAGAGACUAGAAGAAGAGAAGAAUGAUCUUGCUGAAAGGCUGAAGACUGCGGAGUCUGCUAGGAAAAGAUCUGAUGACAAAUUGAAUUGCUUGAACGAGGUUCAAACAAAUGUUAUGCAUUCACUUCAGGAUGAGAUCGGGCAAUUGAAACUAACAGUGGAGCAACUUCAACGAGAGAAGUUGGACAAGGACGAAAGGAUUAACCAACUUGAAACAGACAUUAAUGGGAUGGAAGCAAAUUUUAGUGCCUUCCAGAGACUAGAAGAAGAGAGGAAUGAUCUUGCUGAAAGGCUGAAGACUGCAGAGUCUGAUAGGAAAAGAUCUGAUGACGAAUUGAAUUUCUAUGCUGGAGAACACGAGGUUCAAACGAAUGUUAUGCAUUCACUUCAGGAUGAGAUUGGGCAAUUGAAACUAACAGUGGAGCAACUUGAACGGGAGAAGUUGGACAAGGACGAAAGAAUUAACCAACUCAAAACAGACAUUCAUGGGAUGGAAGCAAAUUUUAGUGCCUGCCAGCAACGUCUUCAUGUUGCCCUUAUUGAAGAGAUGGCACUGCAUGCUCCUCUGUAUGGGAUAGGCUUGGAAGGUCGGUCAUGGGAGGAGCUAGAGACAUUGAUGCAUAUCCACCAAACAGGGCUUGAACAGAUAGAUGCUGUACUGAGGAGAGGCGAUUAAGAUUUGUGAAAUAUACAACAGAAGAAUCAAUGUACAGAAAAGGAAAUCAUGGCUUAUAUGCAGUUGCACUAGUUACCCUUUUUUUGCUUUAAGGUUGUGUUCGGAUGAAGAACUGGUAAUUGAUUUCCAAUAUUUGAAAUGAAAAGUUGUGAUUGGAUUAAA